AUGGAGUCGUUGGGAGAAACUGACAUUUUAUCAUUGUUGAACAACCAGCCUAUAACCAGAAUUCACAUCCGCCUUUAUUCUGACUACAUUUCUCUAUUCUUGGCUUCUCCUGAAAAAGAAGUAGCCAUUGAUUACGAGAAGCAUCCAGAUGGAUCUGCGAUUACAGUUUUUCAAGGAAAGGAAAAACACUCUGAAGUUGUGAACAAUUCAUAUUUUGCUCAUGUGGCUUGUCAACACAUUCAAACUGUUUUGAUCAACCAGUCGUCUUCUCUUGAUGAAUUGGCCGUUGUAAUGCUAUUCAAACUCGACGAGAAAAGAGAACUGAAUCAAUGCGGAAAGUAUACAUUUGAGAAACUGAAGGAAAUUCUUAAAUCAAGAGAAUGCCUUCUGAAGGUCGAUAGUUUCAUCGUAACGGUGACCGACGGAUAUCAAGUUCUUCAACUUCUCCCUCAUAUUUGCUCAGAAUCACUGAGGAGAUUGACAAUAAAUAAUGCAAAAGAACCAAAUCAGCAGAAGUCGGAGGAGUUGCUGGACAUGGAAGAAAUUGUGAAAACGAUGCAAUAUGAGAAAGCAAAAGAGCUGGCUAUUUUGGGCUUUGCUAUAGAGCCGAUGGUAGAGAGUUUAGUCGGAUUUAGGACGGUGCAAGUAGCAGUGAAAUCAAUUUCUUUUGAGUGGUUUAUGGAACUGAAAAAGUCCCUAGGAGAGUCCUCGAACUUCGAAUUCAUCCAACUUCGAUUCCUGGAAGCUGAUAUUGAUCAACUUAUAGAGGCGCUGUACGGAUUUCCAUCAGGAGAAACUGACCAACUUGGACACAAACGAAGACAAUGGUUUCUAAAAACUUCAGAUCCCAAGAAAGUCGAUUCUAUCAUAAUUUUUCUUGAUAAUGUUCUGUAUAGCCGAAUGGAAUCGAGCCGUGUUCCUGAUGAUGCACAAAUUGUUUGA